AUGGAAGAGGAGCUCGACGGGACACAGCGACGUCCUAGUGCGCAGAAACCAAUGGCGGCGGGGACGCCUUCCCGUGAUAAGAUGCAGCAUCUUCAGCUCGAGCGACCCGACAUCAUGGUAGAAGGUCCUGUCACGGAUACCGAGGAUGAUCAAGUGGAUAUGGAGUUCACAGUCAUGCCACCCUCUCCACAAGUCUCUCACGCCAACUCGCAGCAAGCCAUCGCUGAGGAGGUUAACACUGAUGGAGCCAAACACCCUCAAUACCAAGACAACCAAUGGUUGAAUCGGCAUUCUCCGGCCCAGGAGGAUUAUAUUACCAUGGCGAAUAAAGUCGUUCGGGUCAAUGCGAACCCCGUAUUCUCCGACAAACAAUCAAUAGUCUCCGGUGAGGAUAGCAUACACGAGGGCGUGGUGUACAACGCAAAUCAACCACUUUACGCCCGAGGGAAGGCCCAUGAGAUUCCCAGCGGAGGACAUGUAUACACCUACAGAAAUGACAGUGGAGUACCAAAGAACCCCAAUAUUGAUGGAUUUCACCCCAGCAGUGGUUUCAAUGACCUUGGGUGGGAAUUUGAACCCGACAAUGUACCAAUUUAUCGGCGUCCGGUCGCCUCUGGGUAA